UCAAAAAUAGAAGCGGCCAGUUAGCGCGGCGAUGUCGACGGCGAACGGUGCACGGCGGUGGAGCGCCGUGCCGUGGUCCUCCACCAGGGUCCUCCACCUCCUUAUCGCGUUUCUGGUGAUACCGGGGUGCCUCCUGACGGGUUUCAGUGAUGCCGCGAAGACGAAAUCCGAAGACUCUCCUCGGGCCUCCAGGCAGAAGGAGGACCCCGUCAUCGAGGAGGUCACUGCGAAGCAGCUCGAGCGCAUUCUCCAUGACAAGGACUUUGUCGCUGUGUAUUGGUAUGCAAGGAGUUGCACGACCUGCGACAAGGUUCUGGCCGAACUUGAGAAGAUAGACGACGACACGGACACCUUCGGUGUCGACUUCGUCAAGAUCAACGACAAACGACUGGCCAAGCAGUAUGGCAUCAAGAACUUCCCCGCCCUCACCUACUUCCGCGAGAAGGUGCCCAUCAUCUACGAAGGGGACUUGAUGGACGAAGAGAAUGUCUUGGACUUUCUGACGAGUUUGGAGGCGAUGGACCUGCCCGAUCGAAUCGAAGAAGUCAAUGCUAAGAUCCUCGAGAAAAUAGUGGAAGACACGGAUUACGUAGCGGUGCUGUUUUGUCCGAAUUCGGAGAGAUGUGCCGGUACCGGUUCUAACAAGCCAGACUGCAAGAAGUGCGCGAAAGCCCUGCAAGAAUUGGAGAACAUCGACGACGAGGCCGAUCAGCUGGGAAUUGGAUUUGUCAAAAUUGCGGACGAAGCCCUUGCUGAGGAAUACAAUCUUGGCCCGCUCCCAGCCCUGGUCUACUACAGACACCAGAUUCCAAUAAUUUACGAACACGAGCUGAGCAAAGAAGAGGACGUCUUGGAGUGGCUGGUGGCGAACAAGAGCACUGGGGACGAAGAAGACGUGAUCGAGGACGUGACGGCGAAGACCCUGAACACCCUGAUAGGGAACAUCGACAACCUGGUGGUCCUCUUCUAUGACCACGGAGACGACGAGUCCAUGCAGGUACUAACCGAGCUCGAGAAAAUCGACGACGACUGCGACAAGCACGGCAUACAGUUCGUCAAGAUCGACGACGACAAAGCUGCCAAGGAGUUUGGAAUCGAUUCGCUCCCUGCGAUCGUUUACUUCGAGAAGCAGAUUCCCAGCGUUUACGACGGUGAUCUCGAGAACGAAGAUGAGAUCCUGGAAUGGCUGCUAGCGCAGCUGGAGAAGGACGAGAUCGAGGACGUCACCGACGAGAUGCUGGACCGCCUCGUGAAGGACGGGAAAACCAUCGCUGUGCUAUUCUACGACAACAACGACAAGAAAUCUCAGCGAGUCCUCAACGAGCUGGAAAACAUCGACGACGAGUGCGACCAGCUCGGGGUGGUCUUCGUUAAAAUUGACAACCCUGAAGAGGCCAAGGAGUACGGAAUGAACAAAGUCCCAAGCUUGCUCUACUUCGAGAAGGGCAUUCCCACGAUCUACGAGGGCAACCUGGAAGACGAGCAAAAAGUUCUGAAGUGGCUGGAAAAUCAACAGAAAAGCGACCAAAUCGAGGACAUCACUGACGAGAUGCUGGACAUGGUCAUCGAGAAGAUGCCCUACGUUGCUGUGCUUUUCUAUGACAAGAACCAAAAGAAAAGUCAGAAGGUCCUAACCGAGCUGGAGAACAUCGACGAUGACUGUGACCAGCACAACAUCGCUUUCGUCAAGAUCGACGAUGCAGAUGAGGCCAAGGAGUACGGAAUUGAAAAUCUGCCCACUCUGGUCCUCUUCGAACGAAGGAUACCACACAUUUAUGACGGAGAUCUCAUGAACGAGGACCAGCUGCUAGGCUGGCUGCUGCAUCAGAAAAAGCACAGCGAAAUUCCGGAAGUCACCGACGAGAUGAUGGAGAAGCUCAUCGAAACGUCGCCCUAUCUGGCCGUUCUAUUCUAUGACAAGGAUGACAAGCAAGAUAUCCGCAUCCUGAACGAGCUGGAGAACAUCGACGACGAAUUGGAGAAACAGGGAAUAGUGAUCGUCAGGAUGGACAAUGACGCGGAGGCCAAGGAAUUUGGCAUCGAUCACCUGCCAACAUUGGUCUACUUUGAGGGCAAGAUUCCAGCGAUCUAUGAAGGAGAUCUUCUGAAUGAAGACGAGGUCCUCGAGUGGUUGAUAGAGCAGAAGAACACCGCCACCAUUGAAGAAGUCACCGAUGAAAUCCUGGCAGACCUGAUCGAUGACCACGAAUACGUUGUUGUGUACUUCAGUGGAAAUUGCGACGAGGGCGACAACUGCAACAGCAUCCUCCUGGAAUUGGAAAAUAUCGACGAUGAGCUCGACGAGACGGGCAUCAUCUUCGUGACCACGGAAGACACGAGCCUAGCCAAGAAACACGGCAUCAAGAACUUCCCCACCCUCGCUUUCUUCCGGAACAAGGAGCCCCUCAUCUACAAAGGUGACAUAGAAGACGAGGAUGAAGUUCUUUCCUGGGUCACCGACGAAAAUACUCUGGAGAUUCCCGGGAAGAUCGAAGAAGUCAACGCCAGGAUGCUGGAGAACAUCUUGGACGAGAACGACCACGUCGUCGUGUUCUUCUACAAGGAGGGGGACAAGAAAAGUCAAAAGAUCCUCCAGGAGCUGGAGAACAUCGACGACGAGUGCGAGGAGAAGGACAUUGACUUCGUCAAGAUCUCCGACGAGGGCAUCGAGAAGGAAUACGAUCUUCCUGGCCUUCCUGCACUUGCAUUCUACAGACAUAAGUUCAGGCAGAUCUAUACUGGCGACAUGAUGCACGAGGAAGCUAUUCUCGAGUGGGUUCUCGACCUACACAGCUCGACUCCUGAUGUCAUCGAGAACGUCGACAGAAAGACCUUGCAGAUCCUCAUUAACGACGUGGAGCAUCUCGCCGUCUUCUUCUAUGACGACGACUGCGAGUCCUGUCCAGAGAUUCUCGAGGAACUCGAGACCAUCGACGACGACACGGAUAAACACGGAAUACAAUUUGUCAAGUCAAAUGACGCAAAACUCGCAGCCGAAAUUGGCAUUUUCUCCUUCCCCGCUCUCGUCUACUACGAGACCGGAGUGCCCAUCAUGUACGACGGUAAUCUCCUGGACGAAAACGAAGUUCUGGACUGGAUGACGAAGCAGAAGAACGAUGCGAGCAUCGAGGAGAUCGAUCGAGAGACGCUCUUCAAGUACAUCGAGUCCAAGGAGUUCCUUGCCGUCGUCUUCUACAAAGAGGAAGACCCUGAGAGCCCCAGAGUACUCCGGCACAUCGAGCUGAUCGACGACGAAGCUGCAGAGUACGGCAUCAAGAUCGUCCAGAUGACCGACCGACUGAUGGCCAAGAAGUAUGGAUUCCGGAACCCACCAGGCAUCACCUACUUCCGGAAGGGAAAAUACAUUAAUUACGACGGCGACAUCGACGACGAGGAGGAGAUCCUGGACUGGCUGACCAACCCGGAGAACAUGGAGCUGACCGACCACAUCGAGCGCAUAAAUCGCAAGAUGUUCGACAAGGUUCGCCAGACCUCCGACUACCUCGCCGUCUUCUUCUACAGCAACGACUGCAAACAAUGUAGCCGCGUCCUGACGGAGAUCGAACACAUCGACGACGAGGCUGACGGAGCUGGGAUCAAUUUCGUCAAGAUCGACGACAAACAGCUGGCCAAGCAGUACGGAGUCUUCGCGUUGCCUGGCAUCCUCUUCUUCAAGAUGGGGUCCAAGGAACCGGUCAUCUAUGCAGGAGACUUGUACGACGAGGAGCAGCUCCUGCAGUGGCUGAUGACCCAGAAGGACCCUUCCGGCGAGGUGAUCGAGGCCCUGGAGGGAGAGGAGCUCCUGCACCUAAUUCGAGAGUCGGAUUCCCUGGCGGUAUACUUCUGGAACAAGACGCUUUGCGACAUGUGCCAGUCGAAAUCGUACCGCAAGCAGCUGCGCCAUAAACAGGAGCAGAAGACCACCGACUCCGAGAAGGCCGAAAAUCUCGAGGAUGGCGACGAGUGUAGUCAGUGUGCAGGGAUCCUCGAAGAGCUGGAAAAUAUUGACGAUGACUGCGACAGACAUGGAAUCACGUUUAUCAAGACUCAGGACUAUAAAGUCGCCGAGGAUUAUGGAGUCACCGACUUCCCGGUUUUGGUCUACUUUGAAAACCAAACGCCGAACGUUUUCGAAGGAGAUCUAGCCGAAGAAGAGGAAGUUCUCCAGUGGCUGAUCACUCAGAAAACGGAAGACAGGAUCGAAUUGAUCACCCGGGUCAUGCUCGAGGCAUCCGUCGAAGAUACGCAGUACCUCGCGGUUUAUUUCUAUAAGCAGAACUGCCAUAUUUGCGACGAAAUCCUGGAAGAACUAGAGAAGAUCGACGACGAAUGCGAUGUCUUCGGUAUUCACAUGGUGAAGAUUCAGGAUCCGCAGCUCGCAAAGCGCUAUUCCAUCAAGACAUUCCCAGCGUUGGUUUAUUUCCGAAAUGGCAAUCCUCUCCUAUUCGAGGGAGACUUGCAAAACGAGGAGUCCGUCCUUGAAUGGCUGAUCGAUGACGACAAUCGAGAGCUGGCUGACGAGAUCGAAUCCGUCAAUGAGAGGAUGCUGGAACGUCUUCUCGACGAAUCUCCGUUCCUCGCAGUCUUCUUCUACGACGAAGACUGUCCGGAGUGCGACGAAAUAAUGGAAGCUCUCGAAAAGAUCGACGGCGAGGCCGACCUCUUCGGCAUCGAUUUCGUCAAAAUCACCAGUCCGGAAGCCAUGGAGAAGUACGAGGUCGUGAACGUGCCCUCGUUAGUGUACUUCCGGAAGAAGACUCCUUUGAUCUACGACGGUGACCUGACUCAGGAGGACAAGAUCUUGCAAUGGCUCACCUCGCAGGAUGUCUUCGAGAUCAAAAACGAGAUCGAGGAAGUCAACAGAAAAAUGCUCGAUAAACUGCUCGACGAGAACGAAUUCCUCGCUGUCUUCUUUUACGAACACGGCAGCACAGAGAGCGAAGAGGUCAGCGAGAGACUCGAGAACAUCGACGGCGAGACGGACAACCUAGACAUAACUUUUGUGAAAAUGGCGGAUCCUCGGUAUGCUCGCAAAUGGGGUGUCACGAAACUGCCUGCGAUCGUCUAUUUCAGGAAAAGGUUUCCCAGCAUCUUCCGAGGUGAUCUCCGCAAGGAAGAAGACGUCCUCGACUGGCUGCGCAAAAACCGCUUCCGGCAGCCCGAGCUCAACAUCUACAUGUACAUGCUGAUCGCCAUAACGAUCCUGUUCCUGAUGUACACGGGGUUCUUGCUGUCGUGCUUCCGGUCGGAUAGCCCCUCGCCUCCUGCCCACCCGAAGCAAGCGUGAACCGGAAGUGAGGCCGAGAGCGCGUGGACUCGAAAAGGAGCGUCGCACGAUCGUUUCGCUGCAAGCGGCAUUGCAUCGAUAACGCUCGUUGACGACGUUCGAUCUCGGUGACGAUCCGAGGCCGGAAGUCGCAAGCUCGCGGGACCAAUAGGGCUCUUUCUCUUCGACCCUCGCCGAUCGGCCGCGAUACAUUCUCACCAGAUCCAAGAAACGCAUUAUUCCAGACGUGCGAUCGAGCGAAUACGCCGCAGCGCGCGGAGAUGCGGCUGCGAAAAAUUCCCGCAGAAGCACUUGCCGCGCGGAAUCGCCGUUUCUGUCACCGCCGAUAGGCGUGUUCUCCGCAAGGACGUAUCUCGUGCGAGAUAGAUAGGUACAUAGGGAUUUAAAUUACGGACUCGACGGAGAACCCGGACGAGUCUCGACGCAGAAUGCAGCGCCGAAAUACUUGACGAUUUCGAGAAUGGUGUGACAAUUGCCACUGGGAAAUAAUUCCUGAGAUGGAGACGAUAAUGGAGGAUGAAGUGCUGGUUGCUGGAAAUUGGCCUCGAUUCUAGAGAUUUUCGCGGUACUCUCGUCGAAGCGGACAUUAUGGAUGUACGUACCAUAGAGAUCGUCGAUUUGGAAAAAAUCACCAAUAUGUAUUGUAUUUAGAGGAAGUGAGACACUAUUCUUCGAUGGAAUCAGGUGUUCCAGCGCGAUAUCUCCUUGAAAUAUUUCCCUUUGACGAAGUCCGACGACACUGUCGUAACUUUCGGUUCUACGAGAAUGUAUUACACGUGACGGAACGUUUCCUCGUGUAGAGAGAGAGAGAGAGAGAGUAUAGUGACGAGAUUUUACUACUAUUUAUUCGCAGUAAUCGCUCACCGUGUGACCGGCUCAUCAAUGGUUUACCAAUUCAUCCCGAGUCAUGUAAAUAUACAGCUAGACGAGCCUAUUCUAUUUCUUGUUGACACGUUUGACAGAAUUAAUCAAUGUUACCUGUGCUACCUUCACGAAUAAAGGAAUGAACCCUUCGACCAACUUGCCGGCUUUAAUUAAGCUUGCGCGUUGCCGGAGCUUCUCUUCGUUUCUUUCUUUUUUUUUUUUUUCUUUUGAGAUAGAUCACCUCGGACUUAAACACGGUUUAUUUUCCAUUCAUUUUUUUAUCAUUUCCAAACAUCAGUUUCCUUUCUUCCAUUGAGUUCCUUUGUACUUCUCAAUCGAAAUUCGUUCACCGAGCCCAUGCAAUGCGCAACUUACUCGCAACCGAUUGUAUAUACAGCUGUAAAUAAAGAAUUGCCAACUGUGGUAUAACAGAAUGUCUAUAAUCGGA